UAAAUUCAUUCACGACGUCGGUCACGUCGGUGGCGGCAGUGCUUUACUUAUGAAACUGUGCAAGCGCACUCAAUCCUGCCGUAAUUCUGCGUCGGGUAACACGUCGUUCAGAUAGAACCAUGGCGACGAUAAUAAGAAAUAUAACGAGUUAUUACCAGUAUGUAAAUGAUGAAUUAGCAGACCCACGUACGAAUAAUUUUUUUUUGGUAUCAAGUCCCUUACCAAUAUUGUUGAUCAUGUAUUUAUACCACAAGUUUGUACGGUCAUGGGGGCCUGCUUUUAUGGCUAACCGAGAGCCAUAUAAUCUUAAAACUCAAAUUAUACUCUACAAUAUUGUGCAGAUAUUUUUAUCUGGAUACUUAGCAAAGGAGUGUCUGACCAGGCUGUAUUUAAACGGUUACUACAGCAUGUGGUGUCAGAAGAUUAAUUAUGACGACAGCCCGCUUGAAUUAGUGGUUGUUCAACGCGUUUGGCUCUACUAUAUGAUCAAAAUCGUUGAUUUGCUAGAUACGGUAUUCUUCGUGCUUAGAAAAAAAUUCUCGCAAGUGUCUUUUUUGCAUGUUUAUCACCAUUUGGGGAUGUGCAUGCUCGGAUUCAUAGGCACCAAAUAUAUUCCAGGUGGCCACGGUGUGAUGUUAGGCUUCAUCAAUUCUAUAGUCCAUGCUGUAAUGUAUUCCUAUUACCUGGUCUCAAUAGUACGGCCACAGUGGGUGCGACAAUGGUGGAAGAAAUAUAUCACGCAACUGCAAAUCGCGCAGUUUCUAUUGCUUAUAUUACACUUCGGGCAUGUGCUGUUCGAGCCGUCGUGCGAGUACCCCAAGUGGAUUUCCUUCAUGUUUCUGCCACAUAACAUAUUUAUUUUAUUCCUUUUCUCAGAUUUCUAUAUCAAAACAUAUAUUUUAAAGAAAAAUAAAACCAAGUAGUGAUUAAUAAAAUAAUAAGUUUACGCUCAAAUAUGUUUAAAUGUAUAUAAUAAUAUAAUUA